GUUUUCCUGGAAAACAAAUCCGUCGAAUUCGUAGUCGUGAGUCCUCUGUGUUUCUCUCUCUGCCUCGCUUUCGUUCUCUUCUCCAUUCACGAUCAUCCACAAAGCUAAAAGAAUCUGAAAAUAUAUACAUAGCUUUAUAUAACAGAGAGCCGAAGAGGAAGAAAGAAACGGAGGAGUUUUGGGUGAAGAAGGAAAAGAUCGGUCUCUCUUAACAAAAAGAGAUGGCUUUAAGGCGCCUUCUCACUCAGGUUGAAAAGCAGCAAUCUCAAGUGGGACAACUUGGAUAUUUGCUCACUAGAACUUAUAGGACUUCACCAAAGAUUUCAAGAGAUGGAGUGGUGACUGGACUUGUAAGGGCUCAGCAAAGGUUUAAAUCAAAUUACGUGGGUAGUCUAGCCCGAAGAGUACGUGAAACAGAUGAAGUGAGUGAAGCUGCAUAUCUCAAGGAACUUUAUAAUCGACAUGAUCCUGAGGCAGUCAUACGAUUGUUUGAAAGUCAGCCAUCAUUACAUUCUAACCCACAAGCACUUUCGGAGUAUGUUAAGGCACUGGUCAAGGUUGAUAGGCUGGAUGAAAGUGAGCUGCUGAGGACAUUGCAGAGAGGGAUUUCUGUUGCUGCUACUUCUCAUGCGGAGGAAGAUAGUUUGGGUAGUUUGGGAGCUCUAUCAGCUUUUAGGAAUGCGGGCAAAAAUACAAAAGAUGGUGUUCUUGGUACUCCUAAUGCUCCGAUACAUAUGGUGGCUGUUGAAGGGGGCCAUUUCAAGGAACAGUUGUGGCGUACAUUUCGUGCUCUUGGCUUGGCUUUCCUCACAAUUUCUGGUCUUGGGGCUCUGAUUGAAGACAGAGGAAUCAGUAAAGGACUUGGUCUGAAUGAAGAAGUCCAACCCAGUAUGGAAUCCAAUACAAAAUUUUGUGAUGUAAAGGGUGUUGAUGAAGCAAAAGCUGAGCUGGAAGAAAUAGUCCACUAUCUUCGAGAUCCCAAGCGGUUCACCCGUCUUGGUGGCAAGCUCCCAAAGGGUGUUUUGCUUGUUGGUCCACCUGGUACUGGCAAGACUAUGCUGGCUAGGGCCAUAGCAGGUGAGGCUGGUGUUCCCUUCUUUUCGUGUAGUGGCAGUGAGUUUGAAGAAAUGUUUGUUGGUGUUGGAGCUCGGAGAGUGAGAGAUCUUUUCUCUGCUGCUAAGAAAAGGUCUCCUUGUAUUAUAUUUAUUGAUGAGAUUGAUGCCAUUGGUGGAAGCCGUAACCCGAAGGACCAGCAAUACAUGAAGAUGACUUUGAAUCAGUUGCUAGUUGAACUGGAUGGCUUCAAGCAAAAUGAAGGAAUCAUUGUGAUUGCUGCCACUAAUUUCCCAGAAUCUUUGGAUAAGGCCCUGGUGAGACCUGGCCGGUUUGAUCGUCACAUUGUUGUCCCGAAUCCUGAUGUUGAGGGACGGAGGCAGAUCUUGGAAUCCCACAUGUCGAAGGUUCUGAAGGCAGAUGACGUUGAUCUUAUGAUCAUAGCAAGAGGGACUCCCGGAUUUUCUGGUGCUGACCUUGCAAAUUUGGUAAAUAUUGCUGCUCUCAAGGCUGCAAUGGACGGUGCCAAAGCAGUAACCAUGGCUGAUCUAGAGCAUGCCAAGGACAAGAUCAUGAUGGGAAGUGAGCGCAAAUCCGCUGUUAUAUCUGAUGAGUCGAGAAGACUUACAGCUUUCCAUGAGGGUGGACAUGCUCUAGUGGCUAUUCAUACGGAUGGUGCUCUUCCAGUUCACAAAGCAACCAUUGUUCCUCGAGGCAUGGCUCUUGGCAUGGUUUCUCAAUUGCCUGAAAAAGAUGAAACCAGCAUAUCCCGUAAGCAGAUGCUUGCUCGGCUCGACGUUUGUAUGGGUGGGCGAGUUGCAGAAGAGCUCAUUUUUGGAGAAAACGAAGUAACGUCCGGUGCAUCUAGUGAUCUCCAGCAGGCGACAAAUCUUGCCCGAGCUAUGGUAACGAAGUACGGCAUGAGCAAAGAAGUCGGCGUUGUCACACACAACUACGAUGAUAACGGGAAGAGCAUGAGCACCGAGACAAGGCUCCUCAUUGAGAAAGAAGUAAGAGAAUUUCUAGACAAGGCUUAUAACAAUGCCAAGACAAUCCUCACCACACACAACAAAGAACUCCACGCUCUUGCCAAUGCAUUGCUCGAGCACGAGACACUCUCGGGUAGCCAGAUAAAGGUUCUACUCGCACAGGUUAAUUCCCAACAAACCCAGCAGCAACAGCAACAGCUGUUCCCCGGUGUCCAGAACACUUCAAAAUCAAAUCAAGCCCCGCCCCCGCCCCCGACGCCUAGUCCAGCCGCUUCUGCUGCGGCUGCAGCAGCAGCAGCCGCUGCCGCUGCUACCGCUGCAGCCAAAAGUAAAGGCAUUGCCCCGGUUGGAUCUUAGGUGGAACGAUAUGGUAGGACUACACUGCCACUUCGAUAAUUUUCACAUUGAAUGUGCAGCACAAUAUAGUAGAGACUAGUUUUCAGCAUGCCUUUUACCUUGGGACAAAUCAUUGCUCUCCUUCUGCUUGUUGGGUAUAAAGGUAGAGAGAAUCGUGUAUGCUUAGGACAUCAAUGGAAGUUGUAGCAACAGAUACAAAGAAGUGAGCCUUCAUGUUGUCAAUUGUUAGUACUCACGUUUAACACUGUUUGUCAAGUGUAACUUAAAUACUUAAUCUCCGUUGGUCCAUUUUCUCCGCCAAUGCUUUAAUUCCACAUAUACAAACUCUGAGUUUUUUCUAUGUGAUAUUUUAGCUUCCCUGUCUUCUUCUUCCA